UGCCUUCCGGCUAUGCUCAGUCCCGUCCGGCCAGUCCCGCCUUGCGCGCCCAUUUCGAGCCCGAGUUUCGAGCUCGACUUUUCGGGCUCGAGAACUCGGCCCAGAUUUCCCGGGACUGGGUUCUUGGGCAGUGGCGAUGGGGGCAGGAAUGGCGCAGCUGGAGGGUUACUACUUCUCGGCUGCCCUGAGCUGCACCUUUUUAGUGUCCUGCCUCCUCUUCUCCGCCUUCAGCCGGGCGCUGCGAGAGCCCUACAUGGACGAGAUCUUCCACCUGCCGCAGGCGCAGCGCUACUGUGAGGGCCGUUUCUCCCUUUCCCAGUGGGAUCCCAUGAUUACUACAUUACCUGGCUUAUACCUGCUGUCGGUUGGAGUCGUCAAACCUGCCAGCUGGAUCUUUGGAUGGUCGGAACAUGUUGUCUGCUCCAUUGGGAUGCUCAGAUUUGUUAAUCUUCUCUUCAGUGUGGGCAACUUCUAUUUACUAUAUUUGCUUUUCCGCAAGGUACAACCCAGACAGAAGGCUGCCUCAAGUAUCCAGAGAAUCUUGUCAACGUUAACAUUAGCAGUAUUUCCCACACUCUAUUUUUUUAACUUCCUUUAUUAUACAGAAGCAGGAUCCAUGUUUUUUACUCUUUUUGCCUAUUUGAUGUGUCUUUAUGGAAAUCAUAAGACUUCAGCCUUGCUUGGAUUUUGUGGCUUCAUGUUUCGCCAAACGAAUAUCAUCUGGGCUGUCUUUUGCGCAGGGAACAUCGUUGCACAGAAGUUAACUGAAGCUUGGAAAACUGAGCUACAAAAGAAGAAGGAAGAGAGGCUUCCUCCUAUUAAAGGACCAUUUUCAGAAUUCAGGAAAAUUCUUCAGUUUCUUUUGGCUUAUUCUAUGUCCUUUAAGAACUUGAGUAUGCUUUUUCUUUUGACUUGGCCCUACAUCCUCCUAGUGUUUAUGUUUUGUGUUUUUGUAGUAGUUAAUGGUGGAAUUGUUAUUGGCGAUCGGAGUAGUCAUGAAGCCUGUCUACAUUUUCCUCAGCUAUUCUACUUUUUCUCUUUUACUGUCUUUUUUUCUUUUCCUCACUUACUGUCUCCUAGCAAACUUAAGGCUUUUCUUCGCUUAGUUUGGAAACGUAGAAUUCAGUUCUUUGUGAUUACCUUAGUUUCUGUAUUUUUAGUUUGGAAAUUCACUUAUGUUCAUAAAUACCUACUAGCAGAUAAUAGACAUUACACAUUUUAUGUGUGGAAAAGAGUUUUUCAAAGAUAUGAAAUUGUGAGAUAUUUGUUAGUUCCAGUCUAUAUAUUUGCUGGUUGGAGUAUAGCUGACUCAUUGAAAUCAAAGUCAAUUUUCUGGAAUUUAAUGUUUUUCAUAUGCUUGUUUACUGUUACAGUACCUCAGAAAUUGCUGGAAUUCCGUUACUUCAUUUUACCUUAUGUUAUUUAUAGGCUUAACAUACCUCUGCCACCCACAUCCAGACUUCUUUGUGAGCUGGGUUGCUAUGUAAUUGUUAAUUUCCUGACUUUUUAUAUUUUUCUGAACAAGACUUUUCAGUGGCCAAAUAGUCAGGACAUUCAAAGGUUUAUGUGGUAAUAUCAGGGAUAUCUUGAACUCUAAAUAUAGACUUAUUAUUUAGACUGUUUCCACAAUGAAGAACGGAACAGGUAAAAAUUAACAGACUUUCUUUUAGGUGCAAUGGUGAUCCCCAGAUCACAUCAUAUUUUUUUGUGUUUUACACAUCAGAUAUAAGUGCUUUAAACAUAUAUAACAAAUCCAAGGAAGUUAGGUGGUAAAGAACUGAGAAAAGUUUAAGAGUUGCUCCAUAAGCCUAAAUAAUAAUGGGAAAAUAAAAUUGUUUACAGCUAUCUCAUAUCUCUCUUGAUACUGCUGGCCACUCAAAAACUUGGAAACUUUUUAUAGAUACAAGUUUAAAAAAUUGGGCAUGCUUUAUUUUAGUGGAACUUUUUUAUUCUCUUCAGAAAGCAAUAGUAGACACAUUAUUUGAAAAAUAUUUACAAAUGAUCAGAUAAUAUUCUCGAUUGAAAAUUUGCUUAACAUUUCAGUAAAUAUAAUUUUAAUCAUAAGGCAAAAUAGACUCACAUAGUAAAUGCUAUAAAUUAGAGGCUUAUCUGCAUUUAUCUAGGAAUCAAGUUGUUGAUUUUUGUUAAAAAUCUAGAAAUGAUGCUCUUUCACUAAUUCCUAAUAUGAAAUAUAUGAUGGCCAAAGA